GUUGACAAUUUCAAAAGCAACGCAGCUUAUUGAUUGGCCAAAUCGUAUCGGUAAAUGUAAACUCCGUUUUCAUUGGUCUGUGUAAGAGGAGUAUCAUUUCCGUCAAAAUGGCCACCAUGGAAGGUCCACUGAGCAAGUGGACAAAUGUUGUUAAAGGAUGGCAGUACCGCUGGUUUGUCCUGGACGAAACGGCCGGUUUACUUUCAUAUUACACUUCCAAAGACAAGAUGAAAAGAGGAUCAAGAAGGGGAUGUGUGAGACUCAAGGGUGCAGUUAUUGGAAUUGAUGAUGAAGAUGACAGCACUUUUACUAUAACAGUGGACCACAAAACUUUCCAUUUUCAAGCAAGAGAUGCAGAGGAAAGAGAAAAGUGGAUUGAGGCUCUAGAAACCACAAUUGUGCAGCAUAGUAGACAUAUUGCAGGAAGAGGCGGACAGAGUGGCCAUGUCCCGAGUGCUGUAGAUUUUGACAGGAAACUGGCCGAAACUGACGCCUACCUUCAGCUACUGAUAAGCCAGAAUGACUCGCUAACUAAGAGAAUAGAGGCGUGCGAAGACACAGCCCAGAAAGAGAAAUAUAACGUGAUAAAGGUCACUGCUGAUGCGAUGAUAGAGGCGAUCAAACAUUCUAUAGUGAUGCUGCAGAUAUCAAAGGAGACACUCAAGGAACCCCUGCUCAAUGGAGCUAUACACGGACCUGUCGGCCCUUCGUUAACUCAAGAAGCAGACUUUGACUACUUCAGUAAUUCUCCUAAACAAGCGGAAGGCCUUCCUACUGCUGGGAUUGGAAAGGGAGACAAUGAAGAGGUUGGAGCUGCUGCUGCCUUUAAUGGAGCUGUUGGGGUAUUGCCUCCCCUGGGUACUGCGGGCUUGAUGCCUGGAGAGUCAGAUGUAGACCAGAUAGUAGCAGAUGAGGGGCAACCAGUCACUAGCUACUCCAGCAGUGAGGAUGAAGAUUUCUAUGACGCUGAGGAAGAUCGCACUCCCAAGUCUAGUCCAGAUAAGAAGCUGCGCCAGCAGGCUGGGGCAGUCAAUGACGUAGAUGAGAGGGUGGAUAAACAGACAGAGGCGACAACCACGGAGGCCAGCCCCAUCCCCAUCCAGACAACAAAACAGAAGGAUGACUUUUACGACCCUCUAUACGAUACUUCAUCAGAGGAGGAGUUGGGUUCUCUGGAGAAGCAUGGCAGUGUGAUAACUCAUCUACUGUCCCAGGUCCGUAUAGGCAUGGACCUGACGAAGGUCGUCCUACCCACGUUUAUUCUGGAGAAAAAAUCUUUGCUGGAAAUGUACGCGGACUACUUUGCUCAUGCAGAUCUCUUCCUCAAAAUAGCAGAUCUUCCAACUCCGAAGGAGCGUAUAACACAGCUAGUCCGCUGGUACUUGUCGGCGUACCAUGCCAUGAGGAACUCGGACAUUGCCAAGAAACCCUACAACCCAAUACUGGGCGAGACUUUUCAGUGUUACUGGAAUGUUCCCGGGUAUGAACGGACGCAGGAAGUAGCUGAGAAUGGUCCAAAUCCCUGGGCUGACAAGAAUCAUCUGAGCUUUAUAGCGGAGCAGGUCUCACACCAUCCGCCCAUAUCUGCCUUCUAUGCUGAGCAUCCCAACAAGCGUAUAACGCUGGAUGGGUAUAUCUGGACCAAGUCCAAGUUCCUCGGCCUGUCAAUUGGUGUGCACAUGAUCGGUCAAGCAGUCAUCUCCCUACUUGACAAGGAUGAGGAAUAUGUCGUCACUUUUCCCAAUGGAUACGGCAGGUCUAUACUGACAGUACCGUGGGUGGAGUUAGGGGGAAAUGUGACUGUCUCUUGUGCAAAGACUGGCUACAGUGCUACGAUAGACUUCCUCACCCGGCCAUUCUACGGAGGCAAGAAACACCGCGUCUCCGGCAGCAUAUUGGCACCAAAUGAUAAAAAACCUUUCUGUACGCUGGAAGGAGAAUGGAACACUACUAUAUGGGCUAAAUACAAUACAGGGAUGAAUGAAGCAUUUAUAGACACAAAGAAAAUGCCCAUCAUUAGAAAACAGGUCAGACCAAGGGAGCUACAGGGGGCGUUUGAAUCCAGAAAACUUUGGGAGGAGGUUACAAUGAACCUGAGAGCUGGGAAUGUGGAAAAGGCUACAGAACACAAGCAGUUUUUGGAACAACGACAGAGAGAGGAGGCAAAGGAUCGCAAGGAUAAAGGUCUCAAUGUGGAAACCAAGCAUUUCCAUGAGGAGGGUGAACACUGGGUGUACGACCGGCCACUCGUGAAACGGUUAAAAUCGGGCAGCAGUACAUCGACAGCUAGUUGAGAUACCUGAGGUUUAAGUCCCGGAAAAAAAUUCAAGUGUUCAACACGUACCUCAUACGAAUCAUACUGUGCACAAAACUCAUAAACAACUGUGAUAACAUUGAUGAGUGAUUACUUAAAUUACUAGUGUUGAAAUGAGAGGCUUGAAUCAUGUAUAUGGUGUUGGAUAUGAUGCGACUCCGAGCUGCCUUUGUUCGAAUAUUCAUAACUGAAUAUUCAAUGAAAAAAUAUGAGAAAGCACUAGAAAAUAACAAACCCAUGGUCGUCCAUUAAAAUGGUACAUUUAAUGAAUUCAUUCAACAUUAUUCUAAAUUACAGAAGGCCGACAUUAUCCAGUUUUUUGUGAUGUCAAUUAUUAAACUUGGAAUAGGUUUAUUAUUACUUUGUUUAUGAAUUGAAUUUAAGCCCAAACUUGAGACAAAAUUCUGGCCUACGCACAAAUCAUGUGUUUGUUGGUGUAAUAGAAUUUGAUUAACACUUUCUCCAUACAUUAUUCAAUAUGAAAUGAUUUCAAUGUAUGGGUAAUAGCAUAGUGUUUUUAACAUGCUCCAGAUUUUAAGUGUGAUUAAGGAUUUAUAUAUUCUUCUAUUAUAUUUCAAACAUAUUUUGAAAGGUGCAUAAUGAAGUGUGAUGAUAUCUCGUUCUUUAUCUGUCAUGGAUAUAAAAUGAAGUGAUGUUCCACCGAUAAGAGGAUUUAGCUACGCCCACACAUGUGUAUCAGUGUGCUUCCACUUUGGUUGAAUAGCACAUGUCCCUCCUUAGAGCAGAUUGCAAGAACUGUUUUUGUAGCAUCUUUAGGCACUAUUUAAUGGAAUAUCUUGUUAUCCUUUCAAAAAAAUUGAGGUAGAAAUCAUGUGUAACAACAGCCCAAUUGGAUAUUAAGUAUAGGAGGAUGCUAAAAUGGAUAUUUGAAUAUGUUGGAUAAAGUUGGAUUUCUCUUUGAAAUUCUUGAAAAAUGUUGGACAACUUUUUUCUUGGAAAAAAAAUACAAAGGUGCUUCCAUCAUUCUACUUUCAAAUUAUUUAUCAACUAUUAUAGCAGCAAACAUUAAAUUAAGACUUUGAUGAACACGCCCGAAUUCUUACAUUUAUUAAGUCCUGCUAACUGGAGCAAGCCAGUAUUGAUUUAGAUAACUGUCUUAGCACAAUAUUUGACAGAAUAUACUCUGUGUUCUUGGUUCUAGAAUUUGGAGGUCAUAGUGUAACCUAGAAAUGGUUUUUACUAACACUACUGACUUUAAAUACAUGAACAGUCGAUCUGCGUUGGCUCGACCUCGCUUGGCUUGAAUUCCUCGUUGGCUCUAAAUUGAUGUGAAGGACCGAUUUCUUAAUAUUGGUUUGGUUUAUACUAAUUUAUUUUAGCUCGAUUGAGACGAAAGCUGAUAGCUUAUAAGACCACUCUCGAGUCCGUUUCCUGGGCAGAAGCCAGUACUGUGUCCUUUUUGAGAGGCCAUGAGAAAGUACCCCUAGUGGGGAUCGAACCCACAACCUCUUGGAUGAGAGGCGGACACCUGUACCACUAGACCACUCUCACCUCUUAAUAUUGAAUGUAAACAUUCCAGCUUGGCUCGAAUGUACCAAGGCUUGAAGUAUUUUUGCUGGUCCCUAGGAAUUUGACCCAACGGGGUUCGACUGUACAAGGAUAUACUGGCAAAAUUUGUCUCAUUUUCCUGAUUUUAUUUGGUUUAAAUUCUGCUGCCUCAAAUGUAUACAUAGUCUUGUAUUGACCAUGCCAAAUUGAUUCUGUGUUUAGCAUCAGGUUAUAAUUUAUAAACCUAUCUACUUGGCAGGAUGAAAGAAAGUCUUUUUCUCUAUUUUGCCUGAUUGUGCUAAACACAGAAUCAGUUUGGCCUGGCCGUAUUGGAAAUGUAUUGGUCAUUUGAAGAGUUUGUUUUUACAGUUAGGAAGAAUGCUAAGUGAGGUUUCAUGAAUAUCAUUUUUUUGUGCAAUAAACAGAAGAAAAAUGUGUAAUAACCUGGAAAAUGUCUUACAAAUUAAUCUCCAUAUCAUGUGCAUCAGUAAUGAGUGCAACAAGUUGUCAGGAAUCUAUGUAUACAAUGCUCUCACAUGGUAUUAGAAUGGUUUACUUUUUAAAAUUAUAGGAAGUUGUGUUGUUUUGAAAAAUGAUAAAAUGUAAGUGCUAUGUACAUGUACAUGUAUGAUUAAGUGCAAUUUUGAUGUCUUCUUUGCCUUAUAGAAUUCUCAUUGACUUCAGGCCCUACCAAAUUGGUUCGAUGUUAAGCGUCAGGAUCAAAUUACAAUACAUACCCUCACAGCAGAAAAAAACCCUUAAAAAAACAUAGAUAAAGCAACAAAUCUUACACUCUAUUCAACAAUAACCCUUGACCUCAGAAUUCUUCCAUGAGAAUCAUAAAGAAGUAUAAUAUACAUUUGGAGGUCAUUAAGAAAAUUGGUCUUGCCGCGAUAUAUGAUAAAUUUCUUGACUCACAUUAUUGUUAUUUUAAUUUGUAAACGCUCUAUUAUACUAUUUUUACCUGCUUUAUUCAAAUUUUGGUAAAUGUUUUAUCUUUUCUGAAGGUUAAGAAUCUACGCUCUCUGACCAAUCAAUUCGGCAUGGCCUUGUCUAUGUUUUUGUAGUCUAUGUUCUUCUUGAAGCUCAAAAUAUUCCAGAGCUGUGAGUACAGUUUAUGAUGUUUUUGCUUUUAGAAAGCUAGAGCUUAUUGCUAUAAAUUGAAGUAUACAGAAUGAAGUUGUAUUUUUGUUUAUUUAGACUAGAAUGCAUAAUAUAUUAUAUUAUUGCUUUUUCGAUUAUUCAGAAUACAAUCAGAUUAUGUAGUGUUAAGUUUAAGAUAUAUUUUGUGUUUAAAAUGAUCAUAUAUCAAGAUUUUACACAUGUUAUUUACGAAAAAAACUUGAUCUGAAGUAGUAGUUUUCAAUAAUGUUCGAAAAAAAUCGAGUUAUUGUGAAAGCCUUGGUGUUGUUCUUGUCAUCAGUGAUCAGUGGCAUGCAAAACUUGUAACUUUAAAUCAAGUAUAAGAGUUCAACAUAUUCACAUGAAACUUAAUAGGCAUGUUUUCAGUGCACACUCUUCAUAUUGUAAGGAUAACUCUGGUGUGGUUAUUGAUGAGUUAUGUCCCUUCUUUGACUGAGAAAACACCUCAGAUGAACGUUGCUUCAGCUCACAGGGCUCUUGUUAAAAAUUAUAUUGUUAAAGUUUACUUUGACUUUUAUGUAAAUUCAUUAAUACUUUCUUCUUAAUGGGUGGGAUUGGUCUUUUUAUUUCAUUAUUUCAAGUUAAUUUGGUAUUGCUGGAUUGAUCAUUAUAAAUCAUGUUAUAGAUAUGAUAAAGUUACUUAUGAAAAUAUGCACACAAUAAAUUGAAACCAUG